AUGGCUGCCUCAUUUCGCCAUGAUGCUGGACCAAAGGGCGAGCUAAAGGGUAACUGCCAACCAGGUUUGGCGUGUAGCCCUUUGGCACCCCUCCAUCGCCCAAUGGACUUCCCAUUUGGUGAGCCUACUGGAACAAAGGGCGAGCCAAGGGUUAUGGCUCCUAGUAAGCAAUGGAUGCAACUAGUUGACCAUCGGCUCGAUGAAACCUAUUUAGUAGAAGUGCAAAAGUUUUUGGAUUAUGCCUUCCAAAAAACAGGAGAAGAAAAUGAAAUACGAUGUCCAUGUGUCAAAUGUUACAAUACAACUUUAGGAACUCGUAAAACAGUUGAGACACAGUUGCAAGUAUAUGGAAUAAUUAUGAAUUAUACUUUUUGGUAUCACCAUGGAGAACGUUUGGGUGAGCCAGUGUCAGAAUCUGAAUUUGAAUUUGAAUCUGAAGAUGGUGAUGAAGUAGAAGAAUAUGGUGAUGAAGUAGAAGAAUGUGAUAGUGAGGAUGAAGUAGAAGAACUGUUGAGGGAUUUAUAUCCUAAUCUUGAUGGGGGAACUACACACACUAAUGGUGGUGAUUUACUUGAGGAGGAACCAAAUGUUGAAGCAAAAUUUUUUUAUAGCUUAUUGAAGGAUUUCGAGCAGCCUCUAUAUCAAAAUUCCAAAGCUUCAAAGCUUUCCUCUUUGAUUAAACUGCUUCACAUCAAAAUUAUGGGUCGUUGGAAUAAUGCGUCAUUUCCAAUGUUAUUGACAAUGUUGAAAGAGGAGUUGUUGCCGAAUGGCGCCAAUUUGCCAAACUCAUAUUAUGAGGCAAAGAAGAUAAUUAAAGAACUCGGCCUUUCUUACAACAAAAUUGAUGCUUGUACUAAUGAUUGCUUGUUAUACUGGAAGGAAGAUAGCCAACUCGAUUCUUGCAAUAAGGAUAAAAGAGUUGAUGAUGGAAUAAUGAGGCACCCAGCUGAUUCAAUGGCAUGGAAGUCAUUUGAUGAACUUCAUCCUUCAUUUGCGGCUGAGCCUCGUAAUGUUCGACUUGGACUUGCUAGUCCAAAUGGCCAAGGAGAUGCAAUUGAUACAUAUCUUCGGCCUUUAAUAGAGGAAUUGAAGGAAUUCUGGGAAGUUGGUAUUGAAACCUAUGAUGAGUCAGCUAGAAAGAAUUUUAAAUCGCAUGCUUCUUUGUUGUGGACCAUCAAUGACUUUCCAGCAUAUGAAAAUUUAUCUGGAUUGAGUACAAAAGGAAAAUUGACAUGUCCAUGUUGCAAUAAAGACACUUCAUCAACUCGAUUGUGUAAUGGUAAGAAGCAGUGUUUUAUGGGUCAUCGGUGUUACCUUCCUCAUAAUCACAAAUGGAGGAAUGAGAAGAAGUCAUUUGAUGGUACAGAGGAGAGAAGACCCCCGCCACAAACCCGUUCUGGUAUUGAGAUACUUAAUCAAGUGAAGGAUCUUGAAGGGCUACAAUUUUCAAAGGAUCCAAAGUAA